AUGCUAGGCCUCCUGGGGAGCACGACCCCUGUGGGAUGGAUCGCAGGCGCUGCGGUGGCGGUCCUGCUGCUGCUGCUGGUGGUGGCCGCCUGCCUUUUCCACGGACGCCAGGAUCAUGACGUGGAGAGGAACCGGCCGGCUGUAGGGGGAAACCGAGUCCGGUGGGCCCAGCCUUGGCUCUUCCGGCGCCGGGGCCACCAUCAUCCUGGCCAUGUGUCUCACAUGCCAAACACAGGCCUCCAUCACCACCACCACCACGCUCCUCACCACCUCCACCGCCCUCCUCACCACCACCACCACCACGCUCACCACCAGCACCACCACCACCCCCACCACGCUCGCUGACGCCACCGCCGCAGAUGCCUGUGGAUGGCAGCCGCCCCCGCUCUGCCAUCUGUUACCAGGACACAAGGACCCCGAUGUUUCCAUGUAGAAGGAUGCGUCUCUGUGGUGAAUGAGGGGUACUGUGACCUGGGUCCUGCUUGGGCUUCAUUUGCAUACUAUGCUCGACAGAGGCAGAGGUUGGAGGGACCCCGGGGUGGCCCUGUGGGUCCUGAAUGGUUUCCAGCAUGGAGAGCAGGUUCUUUGGGAUUGGACACUCCACCUUGUGACUGCGAGUCCCAGCAGGCCCCAGAAGUUGCAAGGGUGUCUUGGCCGAGCCAGCACACGAGUGGAUGUGAAGUGCCCAUUCUCUGACUUUCUCACUAUGCUGCUGCAGGCCUUGGGUGGGUGGGCCCCUGGGAGAGCCCCUGUGAAUGCUCUUUGGGUUUGGAGAAGGCAUAUGGGCUGUACAGUCAAUUCUUUGGUGCCUUAGUCCCAGAAAUAAAAACCACUAAGAAGCUU